AUGCGAAUAUAUACACAAUUCGAAAAGUUUGCGGAUGUGGAUGUCGACGUUUUAAAGAGUGCCAUGAACAUUGGAGAUCUAAAAACAUGUAUUACAAAAAUUAUAAUUUAUAAUAACUAG